GAGGGUAAAAUCGAGGAAGCAAUAAAGGAUGGUUUCUUGGCGCUCGAUGAAAAGAUGCGUGGGGACGAUGAGUUACGUGACGAUAUGUCGGGUACUACAGCUGUUAUCGUGCUGAUCAAGGAUCAGAAAAUUUAUUGUGUUGCCAGUGUCUGUGGCACAGCGUUACCGCUCAGUUUUGAUCAUAAGCCAGCGAAUGAGAACGAAGCGAGGCGAAUCAUUGCAGCCGGUGGCUGGGUAGAAUUCAAUCGUGUCAAUGGUAACCUAGCACUAUCGCGGGCUCUCGGCGAUUUUGCAUUCAAAAAGAAUGAUCAGAAGCCUCCCGAGGAGCAGAUCGUCACUGCGUGUCCCGAUGUUACUGUGCGUGAUUUGACGUAUAAUCACGAGUUCAUCAUACUGGCUUGUGAUGGUAUAUGGGAUGUGAUGUCGAAUCAGGAAGUGGUGGAGUUUUGCAGGGAUCGACUGGCUGCGGGUCGUGAACCUGAAGCGAUAUGUGAGGAAUUACUUUCGCGGUGUUUGGCGCCCGACUGCCAGAUGGGUGGCCUUGGCUGCGACAAUAUGACCGCAGUGCUGGUGUGUCUACUACAGGAUGAUACUGCAGAAGCCUUUAGGGCACGCUGCUCCCGGAAACGUUGCGAAUCUGCAGCCGGUGACACAAUGGAUUAUUCUGCUCCGAGGCGUCCUACUCAUUUUCUUUACCGCACCGAGCACAAAAUGUUAAAGCAACUUCGGCUAUAG